AACGUAUACUUCUUUGGCACUGGUUUUUGUAUGUGACAUAUGUAUAAAUAUAUGAAGCUCUUCCCUAAGACGACCACAACCCAGCUUGGAACUUGCGCCUACUGUAGGACAGAAGUUACCUCUACUCGAAGACUAGAAGGUUCAUCUCAUCCCAAUUCCAUUUUAUCCAGAAUCUCAGCAUUCAUCAUGAAGAGAAAUUUGGUCACUCUUUUCUGCCUUAUGAUAACGACAUCGUCCCUGUCCCUGCCAACAACCACUGUCCCUGAUGCGGCAGAAACAACAGCCUACACAAGUACAGAACAAGCACUGGACUCCAGUACCGCUGAAGCUCCGAGUGGACAGGAUGUAUCUGAUAACGCUGUCAAGCAAACAUUAAACAGUGUCCCUGGAGUUAAGAUAGAAGCAGACCUACUACUGCUCAUUCCGGAGAGUGUGGCAGAAGAAGGGUCUGUAGCUCCAGUUGAAGUUCCGCGAAGUGGCAGGCCAUGGAGCCGCGUUCGUUCCCUUGAGGUUGCAGAAGAUUAUGACACGCAAGAGAAAGAUGUAAUUGAGGACGUCGAUAUGGAUGUAGCGGAAACCAUUGUGUUUAAGCCGCUUUUGCGCAGCCGGAAAAACAACAAUAGCGUGAGGCGUCGUGUGUACAGGAACGACGGGCCUUAUGCUAAUGACGGCUCGUAUAAGAGGGCUCCAUUCACUUACUGCCCACCCUGUAGAUACCACUUUUUCUGAACACCAUUCUGAAAUGACAACCAUGCCACUGGCUGCAGAAACAAAACGAGAAGACGUUUGAGGCAGAAUAAGGAUGCCACUAAAAGACAACCACUGUCAGGUCUAAAGAAAGUCUUAAAUGCUGUACGUCCACCCAUAUAUAAAAUUACAUAAAAAUAUAUCCUGUAUGGAUUAUAAUAUUGUAUCCGGUUUUUGCAUAGUGUUCAUCAAAUGAUUGUAUAGUGACGGGAAUAUCAACGUACAUGGGCUUCAUCUCCAAUGCUGCGAAAAGGAUUUCAAUUACAUUGUGUAUUGAGGGAUUUAAUUAAAAAAUUGUUAAGCGAAUUUAGUUCGUAUCGGUCCAAUAUAAUCCUUACUUCAUACGAAGCACAAAUCGAGCUUUAAGUAUUUUCUAAGGUGGCUGUCUUCUGGGUUGUUGCGCCAUGUAGUCUGGCGGGACGGUGCAACAACCCAGAA